AUGGCUCGCUGCGCGGCUCUUCUGCUGGCUGCAGGAGCUGCCAGCAGCUGGAAGUUGGACGAGAAUCCAAGUUGCUGGACGGAUGGCUACACUCACGAGCUAUGCUGUGGCCAAUCACCCCUGGCGGGCUGUUUCCCAGGAGAGAUGGCUCCGCACACCAGAGACCGUUGCUGCCAGAGCCCAUGUGGUCAAGCAUUGCGCAGCAGGAUCCAACAGAUGUCUCGCAGCAGGUGUCCCAGGCGCAAGCUUUCGAACACUACGCUGGUGACUGGCCUAUGGAACCUGCACAGAGAGGAAUGGCCAUCACAUGAUCGAUACCAGGAGGGAGAAGGGCAUUCGUUCAAGAAGUAUUUCGGUUGGAUGAGCCAACUGCUGCAGAAGCCUCAAGCCCUGAUCGUCUUCGCAGAAGAAGAGACCCUCAGAUAUGCCGCAUCUGUGCGACAAGCCCAUGGCCUGAAACAUCUAAGCUGCCUUGUGGAGGUCCCUCAGCAGGCUUUGCCUCAAAUGCGUUGGGAAGAUGGUUACGAGAAGGCGCAUGCGGAGAAUCGGCGAAAGUUGCCAGAAGAUCUGCGCCCAGAGGUGAUCCAGCCAAAGUACACGCUGGUCGUGAACUCGAAGCCCGAGCUCUUGGCUUGCGCGGCUCACUGGAACCCCUUCCGCUCCCAGCGUUUUGCUUGGGUCGACGCCGGUGCCGCCAGGGAGAGCAAGAUUGACUACGGCUUUCCAGGGGGGUCCAGACCAAUUGUCCUUCCGAGCUGCUCGCCGUGGAGCCUUUGCGUUGGUCGGCGGAUGUGGAUAAUAUUCGAUUUCCGCGACAAGCUGAAGCGGUUGGAGCAUGGGACAACCUAUGACUCUUCAGUGUUGUUAGGUGGUCGAGAAGGUGUACUGCUCUAUGCACUCUGGUUUCAAUGGGCCAUUGAGCGCUAUCUGAAAGAGAAGGUUAUGGACGAUGAGCAAAGCAUCAUCGCCGAGAUCUGGUGGACGGGCAGCUUCAAGAUUGAAGGUGUUUAUGGAAUGAGCUGGACGGAAGUGCUUGCGCAGAUGCUCAUGGCAGAUGCACCGGCUGGCACGGGUGGCUCCCUUGAAUCAGUUCUGUAUGCGGGCAGUCUUGGUCAUUGGUUUGGCGACCAUCCGAGCUUGAUUUGGCGCAACACCGGUAAGUUCUGGGUGCCCACGGCAGAUCUCGAGCUUCGGGAGACGAAAAUCGUCAACCAGCUGAGCGACGAGGACCUUGAGCGAAUCGUGUAUGGGUAUGUCUGCGCCAACCAACAGAUACCAAGAUUAGUGGCUUCCUGUGAAACCUACAAGAGCAAGAAGCUCUCUGUGACCACUGCAUCCCGCAGCGAACUUGGUGGAACGAGGAAAUACAGUGGCGGCACUGACGAUCGUGUGCAAACUGCGGCCGCUUUCGUCACUUUGUUGCGUGAGCUUGGAGAGGACCAGCGGGAAGUGGACUCGGUACGGGAUGGCCUGGCGCACUACAUGGAGUGCUUUGAGGCUCAGAUUAAUCGCUCCAAGACCUGA